AUGGGUACAGGAGGGGAGGAUUUGUGGAAGGAUAACAAUCAAGCCUGUCGCCUUGUUCAUCAUUACGAUUUUGACACUGAAACAUAUGUUGUUGCCUUGUUCCCUGACAAAACACUCAAGGGCAUGCCGUCUAUACAUGAAGAAAUUGACUAUCUACAUAUUCCCCCGGCUAUGGAAACUGGGAUUGGUUCCAUAGACGGCUUAUUUUUCCUUCACAAUGGCCUUGACGAUAACAUGGUUCUGUGGAACCCUACUACUAGAGAGUUUAGGCUCCUUCCUGCACCCCACUCCAUUUUACCACCAUAUUUCUCUACCAUUUGGCAUACACUUGGAUUUGGGUUGGACACCUUGGCGAACAUUUACAAGUUUAUUUGGAUUCGUUCCUUUUGGAUGAGCAAAUGGAUAACUCUUACCCUUGUUGCUAUAUAUACUCUAGGUAGUGAUUCAUGGAGAUAUCUCGAUCCUCUUGAACUCCCUAACCGCACCAUGCACAGUUCUCUGUGUGCCACAUAUGUGAAUGGAGAAGUCUUCCGGCUGCUUGGGUUUUGGAAGAAUGAGGAUCUUUUGCUUGAAAGUGGCUGUUCAGAGCUGGUUUUGUACAACCACGACACUAAGGAAAGGAAACUACGGGUCUUGGAAUCUAUGGAGAUUUCACAAAUUGUGGACUUUCGGUUUUUAGUUACAAGGAGAGCUUAG